AUGGGAUUCUAAAUGGUCGACAUUAUUAUGUCUGUUAGGUAGAAAAUCAAAUUUGAUAAAUUGAAUAUGAGAAUUGGUAUACAUACUGGAUAAGUAACAGGAGGUAUCAUAGGAACUGAUAUUGUUCGAUAUGAUAUCUAUGGAAAAGAUGUCUCUAUUGCUAAUAAAAUGGAAAGUAGUGGAGUUGAAGGAAGAGUACAAGUCUCUGAAACAACUAAAUUAAUGAUUGAAAGAGCUGAAAAACAUGCUUUUAACUUUAAAUUUCACCAUGUAAUUUUUUGAUUUCUAAUAUAGGAUGUUGAAUUGAAUAAAUUUAAUAUGAAUAUCAAAGGAUUCCUUGUUGAUUGGGAUAAAAGAAGAGAAGAUGCUAGUAUAGAUCCUUACAGAUCCCCAAGUCGAAAUUAAUGA